GUCAGUUCACAAUGACGAUUGAUAUAGUAGAAGGGAGUGGUGCAUCCGAAGCGAGCCUGGUCACAACUGCAGAAAAAGCCACUGUUUAUCGAGGAGAAGUUGGUGCCUCUGCGAGUACUCAAGAGGACCUUGCAACAACCGCUGCAACGGAAGAUGCCACUGACCCGUCCACAACCAAGUCCGUUGACGGAGCUGACCCAGGAGAGACUACAACCUCGGAAGCAGUGACCUCACGGGACACGUCUUCACCUCCAUCAUUACCUCCUUCUACCAGUCAUGUUAUCACCACGACUGCAUCCCAGAAAUCCGAGAGUUGUUCGCUGGAUCCAGUUUCAUCUUGCCCCACGGGAUGGAUCACAGAAAGUGACGAGAUCCAUAAAUGCUACAAACUGAUCGAGACGAAAGCAAUCUGGACAGCCUCGAGUCAAGCGUGCUGCGAGCUCUCCUCCUCAAUGCUCGUCAUCGAUUCGUACGACGAAGUCAGAUUCAUCGAAGAAACCUUUGGCUUCGAGGGUGAUGUCGAUACGUGGUUGGGAUGCAUCGAAGACGACACUGGCCUGUGGUCGUGCACAAAUUCGGCAUCCACAUGGGAUCGUGACGGGGAUCAGUCGGGCUAUUGGCGCUGGGGAGAAGGUUGGCCAGAGGAAGACACCGCUGGCCCCCGCUGUCUCUUUAUCGAACUCUCUGACGAUUCUGACUGGAAAGAUACAGACUGCAACGAGUCCUACCGAGCGAUAUGUCAGAAGGUCCUCUCACCAGCUCAAUCAUCCGAAGAGGAGAAAGGAUAAAAAGAAUAUAAUGAUGGCAAAGAUGAAGAUGACUGAGCUUGGAAUCCUCUUUGGAUAAUCAGUUAAAGUAAUCUAAAAAUUUCAAGUACAUUCGGCGUCUGGAGUUAGAUAUUUCAGGCCUGAUAUCAAAUCUAAAAUUAUUAUAUUCACACAAGUGUAAAAAUUAUUAUAUUCACACAAUUGUGAAAAUUAAGAAUACGCGUUGAAUAGAAUUGUGAAUAGAACUAAAUCAAAUCAUAAUAUUUCUUGAAAUAUAUUAUCUUACCUAUUACAAUAUUGUUUUUCUGCAUUAUAACUUGAGAAAUACAUUUGGGCAAAUUAUAUUGUUCCCUUUAUUAGUGAUCCCUACUUAAAAACAUUUUACUUUUCCUUUAGGAUAUCCGUAUUAAACCAAUUAUUCGAAUGUAUUUCGUUACGUAGCACAUACGAAUUUUAGUAUUAUCAAAACUCAAAAUUUAGAAUUAGGUUUACUUGGCAAGGUGGCUUCAGCAAGAUUAUAUAAAUUGCCUCAAUAAUUGAUGCGUGUCUCAAUAUACCACAAACUCGAAUACACAUGAGUCAGUGUCUUCUGUACAGUAAAGCAUUCAAUAGAGAGUUUUCACAUUUACUACGGGGAAAUUCUCUACAACGCAUCGAUUCCUUUGAAAAUGCAAUUAAAAUCACAAUGGAGAGCUGAGAGGGUUA